GCAGCAUUUGUAUAGAAGACAAUACUGAAAUUGGAUUUAAAAAAAGAAAAAAGGAAGUCUUCCAAACACCUAUAACAGCAGCCGCUACACUCUCUCCUCCUUCUCCCAGCCCUCCAGCAGCGUGAUGGAGCCGGCAGAUGCAGCGGGGCUCCGCACCUCUUGGGAGAAUCUGCACAGGAGGCUCAGAGCAUCGGCGUCUCUCAUCCUCAUCAGGAUACUCACAUUGUUUCCAAAUGCUACAGUUCGCAAAUUGCUGCUGAUGCUGGUAUUUACCUUAGUAUUCUGGGUCAUGUACUUGGCUUCAAAAGACCACACCGAGUUCUUGUUCCACUUGAGAAACCCCACCAUCCUGAAACAAUGGAGCAUUUUCAAAAGAUUUUCACAGUCUGAAACAUUUCAGAACCCAACGGUUUCACCAACAGAAACUGAACUGCAAAUCAGGGAGAUCCUGGAGAAAAUGCACCAGCUGACCCCACCCAGACCCUUCACAUACUUGAAUGCCACCACCAGUGCUGCUCACAGUGUGGCCACCCUCCUGAACCCUCGAGACUCGUACUGCAGGGGGGACCAGCUGGAUGUCCGACUGGAGGUGAGGGACCACCUGGGACGCAGGAAGGAAUAUGGUGGGGACUUCCUGAAGGCCAGGAUGUCCUCCGCAGGCCUGAAGGCCGGUGCGUCAGGGAGGGUGACGGACUUCAACAACGGCACCUACCUUGUCAGCUUCACUCUGUUCUGGGAGGGCCAGGUCUCCCUGUCUGUGCUACUCAUGCACCCCAGUGAAGGGGCGUCAGCCCUCUGGAGGGCGAGGAACCAAGGUUACGACAGGGUGAUCUUCACAGGCCGGUUUGCCAAUGGCACUUCCCAAGUCCUUUCUGAAUGUGGCCUGACCCUUAACUCAAGUGCUGAAUUGUGUGAGUACCUGGAUGCUCGAGACCAAGAAGCCUUCUACUGUGUGAAGCCUCCACAUAUUUCCUGUGAGGCUCUGACCCACAUGAGCACCAGGAACAGAGACAUUUCCUAUCUUAGCAAGGAAGAAUGGAGACUUUUCCACAGGUCCAAUCUUACCAGAGAACAAAUUGGACAGAGUAAUAUCCUGGAACUUCAAAAAAGUAACCAAAGUAUGAACACAGAGAAGAAAUGCCGGGUGGGAAUGAAGACCCCUUUCCCCAGUGGCUAUACUUGGAAAGGAAGUUGGAUAACAACAUUUUGCAAACAAACCAGUUUCAAUACAAUAAAAAGUAUAAGCGACUGCUUACAAAGAAAACUUAUCUACCUCAUGGGGGAUUCGACACUCCGCCAGUGGAUUUACUACUUUAAAAAAAUUGUGAGAUCCUUACGACUUUUUGAUCAGCAUGGAACUGGGCUUUUUAGAACACAUAUUCUUCUGGAUGCGGAAAGACACAUUUUGAUUCAAUGGAGAAAACACAGUCACCCGUUUGUUACCCAACAGAUAUUCUCCCUGAAAGAUGAAAACUAUAUCCCACGGGAAAUCGACCAGGUGGCAGGAGACAAGGAUACAGCAGUUGUGAUCACCAUUGGCCAGCACUUCCGGCCUUUCCCCAUCAACAUUUUCAUCCGCAGGGCUAUCAAUAUUAAAAAGGCCGUUGAACGUCUAUUGCUCCGAAGCCCAGAGACCAAGGUGAUUCUUAAAACCGAAAACACAAGAGAGGUACAUCAAAAUGCAGAGAUGUUCAGUGACUUUCAUGGCUAUAUUCAGAAUCUUAUUCUGAGGGAUAUUUUUGUGGAUCUUAAUGUGGGAAUUAUCGAUGCCUGGGAUAUGACAAUUGCAUAUCUCACUGCCGACGUUCACCCACCUGAAAAUGUUAUUGCAAAUCAGAUUGGCAUAUUCUUAAACUAUAUUUGCUAGAGAAAAAAUUGCAGGAAAUAACACUACCCAUUCUCUCAAUGACCUCAUAUAUACUGUAGACAUAUUUUAAUGUAUCCAAGGUAUGAGAAAAUAAAAUUCUUUAAAAAU